CGCAGCUCUCCAGUCAUCUUGUUGGGCACCACCAAGUAGAGGCAUUUGAUUCUUUGAUUUUCACGGAGAGAUCGGUUCUAGGGUUAUUGGAGAAGUAAAAAUGAAACUUGAUCCAGUGUUUGGGCUUUUUUCGGCAGUGUUGGUCGCGUCGAUUCUUCCCUCUGUGCUCGCAUACUAUUUUGUCAAGAGCAACAAGAAGAGCACGUGUCGAAAAGCAAAUGAUACCAGUGCAUCGAAUCCGUCCACUACUUCGACAAGUGAAAACUAUGAUGUGUUCUUGAGCUUCAGAGGCGAGGAUACUCGCAAAACCUUCGUGGACCACCUCUACAAUGGCCUCGUUGAUGCUGGGAUCCACGUAUUCAGAGACGACAAUGAGCUUCGCGAAGGUGAGAUGAUUGGAACCAACCUUCUCCAAGCCAUUAAGAACAGUAAGAUCUCGAUCCCGAUUAUUUCUCAGAACUACGCUUCAAGCAAAUGGUGCCUUCAAGAGCUCGUUGAGAUGACGGAGUGCAUGAAGAGCAUCAGGCACGUUGUCUUUCCUAUAUUUUACAGGGUUGAACCGGCCCAUGUGCGACACCAAAGAGAAAGCUUCGGAAAGAAUUUUUCCCAUUUAAGUAGAAACUAUAUAAAAGAAGAUGUUGACAAAUGGAAACGAGCACUCCAAGAAGUGGCUUCCCUAAAGGGAUGGGAAUCGGAGAAAACCGCUAACGGGUAUUUCACUUUCUAUCAAAACCUUGUUUACUUUUUUUCAAUUGGAUCUUGCUUGUAGAGGUGGCUAUACAUUCGUGUGUUUCUCAUCUUGUACUUGCGUUUUUAACUUUUAUAUGCUGUAGCUUUGUGAUAAUGAGAUAGAACAGGAUACGGGUGCUCUUCUAAUGCAUUUUAAUCCGAAUCCUUUAUAAACAUCCACGAAGGAGAAUUGGUGAAAAUCGUUGUCAAAAAAGUUUUGAGUGAGUUAAAGAAGGCCUUUCAGCUGGUUGUUCCCGAACAGCUUGUUGGAGUCAAUAAUGCUGUGGAGGAUAUCUUGAGAUUGUUGGAUAAUAAAUACGGUGCCACUCAAAUUGUCGGUAUUCAUGGAAUGGGGGUAUCGGUAAGACAACUUUAGCCAAGGUCGUCUACAAUAAGCUGUUCGACCAAUUUCAGCAUUGUAGUUUUAUUGCAGAUAUUCGAGAAUCCUCGCAGACCAUGGGCAUUUCAUAUUUGCAGUAUCAAUUAAAAUUUGAUAUACUGAAAGAGAAAGAUCAUGUGUUUAAUCAAGAUGAAGGAAUCCGGAUUAUGGAAUCUAGAUUUAAAUGUAAGAAAGUCCUAAUUCUUCUAGAUGAUGUGGAUGAUAACAAUCAGAUCAAAGCUUUGGUUGGGAAACAUGAUUGGUUUGAGAUGGGGAGUAAAAUAAUAAUUACCACAAGAAUAAGGUCUGUUCUUGAUGAUGCCAAGGUGAACUGCAAGUACGAACUCAAAGAAAUUGCUAAGGAUGAGUCCUUGAUCUUGUUCAGUAGACAUGCCUUUAGGAGGGACUCUCCUCCAUGUGAAUUUGAAUCUCUCUCUCAUGCUAUCGUGUCCACUACCGGAGGACUACCCUUAGCUCUCGAGGUUUUAGGUUCAUCUCUGUGUGGACAGAACCAAGCAUCUUGGCAAGAUGCAUUAAAGAAGUUAAAGAAAGUACCGCAUGAGAAAGUGCAAGAGAAAUUGAGGAUAAGUUACGAUGCAUUAAACUAUGAGGAAAAACAGAUAUUUUUGGAUAUUGCUUAUUGCUUUAUGGGAUAUGGUUUCAAAUAUGCAUUCUACAUGUGGGAUGCUUGUAAUUUUUUUCCGAAUAUGGGGCUUGAAACAUUGAGUUUUAUGUCACUAAUAAAAAUUGGAGAUGAUGGAAUGUUGAAAAUGCAUGAUCAACUGAGAGACCUUGGUAGGGAAAUUAUUCGUCAAGAAGAUUACCAUUCUCCUAUGAAUCGAAGUAGGCUGCACCUCCGUGGGAAAAAGUUGGAAAUAUUUCAAAGAAAUAAGGGAAUUGAAAAUCUUAACGUUCAGGUCCUUGUUCUCAAAGGAGAUAGCUCGCGGAGUGAAUUCACAACUGAACAAUUUGAGAAACUACCGAACUUAAGAUGCCUUAUUGUGACUGAUGCAAAACUGAUUGGAGAUUCCAAAAUCUUGCUUCCCAAGCUACGAUUCCUUAUGUGGAACGGAUGUCCAUCCGUGGCUACUAAAUUUCAUCUAGAGAAAUUAGUGGUACUUGUAUUACGGAGAAGUGACAUUUCAGAGCAUUGGGAAGGUUGGAGUUAUCUUGAGGUGGCAAAGAAAUUGAAAGUUCUAGAUCUUGCAUAUUCCCCUCAUUUAAGAGUUACUCCUGAUCUCUCGAGCUUUCAACAUUUAGAGAUAUUAAUCCUCAUAGGAUGUGAUCAUUUACAGCUAAUCCACCCUUCUAUUGGAGAAGUCAAGGGCCUCGAUAUUUUGAAUUUAAAUGGAUGUGUAAAACUCCGAGAGCUACCACAAGAAAUGGGCAAGUUGGAAGAACUAAAGAAACUUUACAUAAACAAGACUGCUAUAGAGAAAUUCCUCCAUGUAUAAGCUCUUUGAAGAAGCUGAAGAGUCUUGAUGCCAGGGAUUGCGAAUCAUUGGUUGGAAUUCCUGGCUCAAUUAGCCAUCUAGAAAAUUUGUCAAUCCUUAACCUAGCUAAUUGCUCGAAAUUAUGUAGACUUCCAGAGAGCAUCGGGUCCCUUGUGAACUUGCAAAAGCUACUCUUAAGCCGAGCGCAGUUUUCAGGAGAUUUACAUAUCCCUAACUCAAUUGGGAACUUGAAAUUGUUAACUACAUUGGAAUUGUCAUUUUUAGGCAUUUGUCAGUUACCUGAAUCUAUUGGGGAUUUGAAAAACUUAAAAAUUUUGAAUAUUAAAUGUUGUGAGAAAUUGACCAGUUUACCUAGUACUAUUAGCAAGUUGGGCAACCUUGAAAGAUUAAAUGUCACAAGAUGCAAGAGUUUGGGAGGGGAAAUCCCUAUAGAUGGGUUGUCUUCACUGAAGAUCCUUCGAUUAAGUGGGUCAAGCAUUUCUGGCUUCCCCGACUUAUUCAGUAAGCUUUCUCGUCUAGAGAAACUUGAAGAAUUAUAUGCCACAGGAUGCAAGAAUCUAGGAGGGGAAAUUCUUAUGGAUGGGUUGUCUUCACUGAGAUUCAUUCGAUUAGGUGGGACAAGCAUUUCUGGCUUCUCCAAUGGAUUCAAUGAGCUUUCUUGUCUUGAGAAACUUGAAGAAUUAGAUGUCACAGGAUGCGAGAAUUUGGAAGGGGAAAUCCCUAUAGGUGGGUUAUCUUCACUGAAAAUCCUUCGAUUAAGUAGGACAAACAUUUCGGCUUCCUAACUUAUUUAAUAAGCUUUCUCAUCUUGAGCAACUUGAAAAAUUAUAUGUUAGCAAAUGCAAGAAUCUGGAAGGGGAAAUCUCUAUAGAUGGGUUGUCUUCACUGAGGGUCCUUUGCUUAGGUGGGACAAACAUUUCUGGCUUCUCCAAUGGAUUCAAUGAGCUUUCCCGUCUUGAGAAACUUGAAGAAUUAGAUGUCACAGGAUGCAAGAAUUUGGAAGGGAAAAUCCCUACGAUGGGUUGUCUUCAUUGAAAAUCCUUCGAUUAAGUGGGACAAGCAUUUCGGCUUCCCUAACUUAUUCAAUAAGUUUUCUCGUCUUGAGAAACUUGAAGAAUUAGAUGUCGGGAAUGCAAGAAUCUAGAAGGGGAAAUUCCUAUAGAUGGAUUGUCUUCACUGAAAAUCCUUCGAUUAAGUGGGACAAGCGUUUCUGGCUUCCCUAACUUAUUUAAUAAGCUUUCUUGUCUUGUGAAGCUUGAAGAAUUAGAUGUCAGUAAAUGCAAGAAUUUGGAAGCGGAAAUCCCUAUAGAUGGGUUGUUUUCACUAAGGAUCCUUCGAUUAGGUUGGACAAGCAUUUCUGGCUUCUCCAAUGGAUUCAAUAAGCUUUCUCGCCUUGAAAAACUUGAAGAAUUAGAUGUGAGACAAUGCAAGAAUCUGAGAGGGGAAAUCUCUAUAGAUGGGUUGUCUUCAUUGAAGAUCCUUCAAUUAAGUGGAACAAGCGUUUCUGGCUUCCCCAACUUAUUCAAUAAGCUUUCUUGUUUAGAGAAACUUGAAGCAUUACAUGCCGUAGGAUGCAAGAAUCUAGGUGGGGAAAUCUCUAUAGAUGGGUUGUCUUCACUGAGGGUCCUUCGCUUAGGUGGGACAAACAUUUCUGGCUUCUCCAAUGGAUUCAAUGAGCUUUCCCGUCUUGAGAAACUUGAAGAAUUAGAUGUGAGACAAUGCAAGAAUCUGAGAGGGAAAUCUCUAUAGAUGGGUUGUCUUCAUUGAAGAUCCUUCAAUUAAGUGGAACAAGCGUUUCUGGCUUCCCCAACUUAUUCAAUAAGCUUUCUUGUUUGGAGAAACUUGAAGAAUUACAUGCCGUAGGAUGCAAGAAUCUAGGAGGUGAAAUCUCUAUAGAUGGGUUGUCUUCACUGAGGGUCCUUCGCUUAGGUGGGACAAACAUUUCUGGCUUCUCCAAUGGAUUCAAUGAACUUUCCCGUCUUGAGAAACUUGAAGAAUUAGAUGUCACAGGAUGCAAGAAUUUGGAAGGGAAAAUCCCUACGGAUGGGUUGUCUUCAUUGAAAAUCCUUCGAUUAAGUGGGACAAGCGUUUCUGGCUUCCCUAACUUAUUCAAUAAGUUUUCUCGUCUGGAAAAACUUGAAGAAUUAGAUGUCAGUAAAUGCAAGAAUUUGGAAGCGGAAAUCCCUAUAGAUUGGUUGUUUUCACUAAAGAUCCUUCGAUUAGGUUGGACAAGCAUUUAUGGCUUCUCCAAUGGAUUCAAUAAGCUUUCUCGUCUAGAGAAACUUGAAGAAUUAGAUGUGAGAGAAUGCAAGAAUUUGGAAGGGGAAAUCCCUAUAGAUGGGUUGUCUUCACUAAAGAUCCUUCGAUUAAGUGGAACAAGCGUUUCUGGCUUCCCCAACUUAUUCAAUAAUCUUUCUCGUUUAGAGAAACUUGAAGAAUUAGAUGCCACGAGAUGCAAGAAUCUUAGAGGGGAAAUUCCUAUAGAUGGGUUGUCGUCACUGAGGAUCCUUCGAUUAGGUUGGACAAGCAUUUCUGGCUUCUCCAAUGGAUUCGAUAAGCUUUCUUGUCUUGUGAAGCUUGAAGAAUUAGAUGUCAGUAAAUGCAAGAAUUUGGAAGCGGAAAUCCCUAUAGAUGGGCUGUCUUCACUAAAGAUCCUUCGAUUAAGUGAGUUAAGCAUUUCUGGCUUCCUCGAUGGAUUCGAUAAGCUUUCUCGUUUUGAGAAACUUCAAUUAUAUGACUGCAAGAUGCUUCAAUCGUUGCCGCAAAGCAUCGCUUAUCUGCCUUCUCUACAACUCCUUCAGUUAAGAAGGUGUCGCAAUUUUUAAUCACUCCCACAAAGUGCUCGUUGUUGAUUUUUGCCAACUGUUGAAAUCCAUGCCGGAGCUUCCCUCUAGAUUGUUGGAGCUCUGUGUUUACAAUUGUAAUGAGUUGAAAGAUUUACCAAGUCUGUCGAGAUUGGAAUUUUUGUCAAGAUUAGUUCUUUCUUGUUGCAAUGACCUGACAGAAAUCAAGGGUCUGGAAGCAUCAAAAUCCUUAGCAAGAUUCUUUGUACAUAGAUGCCGAAAGUUGUGCAACCUUGACGGCCUUGAACAUCUAUCGAAGGACUUAACAUUACCAAGCCUCUCGUGCUUCGAUAACCUGACAUAUUUGAACAUUAGAGGUUUCUCAAAGCUUCGUGAUGUUCAGGGACUGGAGAAAGUCGCAAAUGUGUACAAAUGAGAAAUUUACCUUCGAGCCUCAGCAAAUUGUCUCCAUCUGUGGAAAUUCGAAGUUCUAAUGAGAAGAUGGGGGUCAAUCUCGCAUAAACUCGUGGAGAUCACAGAGCUCUAGGAAUCGAGGUGUUCGACUCUAAAAGAUGUUAAGCGAUGCAACUUAUCAGAAUUCCAUUCGUUCAUUGCACUACUGCAGCAGAGAGAAACAAUGGGUCCCCGAAUUCACGUUUUGCUUUGAAAGGAACGUGGAAGCUGAUGAAGGAAUAUGAUAUGAUGCUUUAGAGAAAUCACUCUCUUGAUAAUGCCAACAGUCAGAUGUCAUAGCCAUCAAGUAAGAUUGCUCACCCUGGAUAAGCUGUUAAUGACUAUCACAAGCAAAUCAGAGUUAUAAUUUUCUGGAAUUACUGAACUUGAAGAAUGAUUUGUUUCCUCAGUUGACAUCUAUGUGGUUUUGUUUAUUCACCUAUGCAAAUACUUUCGAUUUCAUCUUAUACGUGAAGAUGCUCAAAUGGAAGAACAGUUGCCUCAAAUGAGCCAUAUGUACUUUUCAAGAAACCCCUCAACUAAAGUUAUCUCACUCCCUCAACAAUUUUUUUCGUGGUAAGUUAUUACCAUGUUUUUUGUACAUUGCUAUAUUCUCUUCACAAGAUUCCCUAACCAUUUUGGAUUCUCGAUGAGAUUUAUGUGUCGAAUUUGACCAAGGACAGAGAUUGAGGGCCUGUGGAGGUAUCUUCGGGCAACCAAAGCAGCUUCCGUGACAAAGCAGAGGACGUUGACGACAUCCUCGACUUAGCAUUUGCUUCCUUUAAACGUUCGCCUUUUGUAGUUCUCGAAGUUGGCCAUGCAGCUCAGUAAGUUUUGACUGCACUCCUGGCUGAAAUUUUCAUCUGUACAACACCCGCUAGGUCUCAAUGUCCAGAUUCCUAGGGGUGAGCGAUUUUUGAGUAGAACCGGGAAUCAGAGAACUACACCGGAGAGUCUGAUUCGGUUCCCGGUUCUAAAGAGACCGGUUCCGGUUCUCUUUUUAUGUUUACCAUAGUCUCAGUUCUCUUCUCACUCAGUUCACUUCACGCUUCACACUUCACACUCACAGUUCUCCUCUGUCUCUGCCCGACGCUGCUUGCCCUUGACGAGUUCCUCGACGAAUCUCCAUACGGAGUCGGGCCUCAAGUCCCUCGACGAGUUCCUCUCCGGCAAGACCUACAUCUCCGGGCAACACUUCAAUCUCUCUCUCUGUUCUUCGCACGGGGGAUCGAUCGGUCGAUUCGGCAUCUUGGGCCCCCUUGCUUGUUUAGGAUGUUUAUCGGCGUCGUUUUCGAUGGCAGAGAUCAGCUCAUGAAGGAGGAAGGACGACAUCAAGGUGUACGCCGCGGUUCUCGAGAAGCCCGGAGGCUCGUUCUCGAACGCCGGCAAGUGGUACCGUCAUUUGUGCUCUCCCACAAAGGAAUGCACAACAAUUACAAAGUUCAGCUGCAAAUUCGAAAGUAAAUUUGCAAACCAAUUCGGUACCAAAGACAGAACUAGGAGGGGGGUGGACGUCAGUGAAGUCAGCAAAAGCAACUUUUGCUUCUAAUAUGCCAAUUAUGAAGCAUGGGCAAAAAGAUGUGUUAUCAAACAGAAAGGUCAGGGUGGAUGAAAGAGACUGUCGACUUGCCAUUGAGUCGGAUGAGGAGAUUGACAGUGGAUUUCCUUGCUUGCUUGAUGACAGGGAGACGGAUAAGGGUAGCUCCAUAACAGAUGAAGUCAAGGUAGAGACGGCGCGUAUUCUAAGGAAAGCGAGGAAACAAAAGUGGAGGUCUUCCAAAACUAUAGUCAUUAUUGAAGGCCAACGCUUCUUCCAUAGUUCUCCGUAGCUUGGUGUUGGAAAUAAGGCUCAAUUCCUGGCGGAGAGGAGACAAGCUUCUUGGAAAAGCAGAUCCAGUUCUGCCGAAUAACCACCAUAAGGUGACAGAAAUACACAAUUUUAGUCAGAAUGAUUUGAUGGCCGAAGAUAUAUUUGUCCUGGAUUGUCACUCAGCAAUCUUUGUCUGGGUGGCAAAACAAGUUGACUCCAAGAUGAAAAUGCAUGCUUUAACCAUUGGAGAGCUUUCAGUGAUCACUGAGGAGCGGGAUAAAUAUCAAACUCUUGUCAAUGAGCUGAAGAAGCCAGAGAAAGCUGAAACUGGGAGUAAAGUGGCAAAUGAGUUGCAGUUGUCUCUUGCCAAGAAGGAAUGCUGUAUCAAAGAAAUGGAGAGCAGUUUAAAUGAGCAAAAAGGAAGCUAAUAAUCGGCAACGGGAGGAGAUUAAGUUACUAAAUGAGAGGCUAAAUAAUGAAGCAAGAAGGAUAAAAUCACUGGAAAGGGAGAGUGAUCGGCUUAGAUCAGAAAUUUCUCUUUUGGAGUCAAAGAUACCGAGUGCAAAAAUGAGGAAAUAUGUCCUGGCAUCUUUUAUGGGGCCAAAAAAAGGAAAAGUGUCUUCCCAUCAGGCAAUUGCUUUGCCUUUAGGCAGUGGUUAUGCUUCCACCAAUACAAAUGUUGUAUCCCUGGAGGAAUCUAAAGAUGUGUUGCUUCAUCUUUUAUGAUCAAAGAUCUGGUUUGACUCGAUGAAAGCCUUCACAUAACUAUUACACACUGGGUCAUGGUGAUUUUUCUGCCACAAGUACAAAAGUACUGCGCAUGGUGAAUACUCUUGCAAUUGAUAAUGAGGAAAGGCAAACCAUUCAAGGGGCAGGUCUCCUCUUUCAAUGCACCAGUUGCUAAUUUCGAGAAUCCAAAUGCAAGAAAUCUCUCAACUCAACCACCAGUUGUCAGGAAGAUCUUUCCAAAGUCUGUCACCCUUGAUUCAACGAAACUAGCUUCCAAAUCUUCAGUUAUGGCAGCUAUCAGUUCCACUUUUGAGAAAUCACCACUGAUACGAGAAGUCAUCAUACCCAAAUCUAUCAAAAGUACGCCAUAACUUAUAAAUUAAUGCUUAGGGAAAUACACCAACAGCCAACUAUUGUUUCUAUGGAGUUUUAUCUGAUCAUUUUGUUUUACCGAGCAACGAGUCCUGAGACACCAAAACAGAAUUCAGAGCCUAAUAACAAAGAGAACUCAUGCUUGGUCGAA